AGGCACAUCCGAGUGCCGGAGGGGACGGGUCCGAUCUAGGCGUGGGAGGGGGAGGAAGCUGCGGCCAUGGGAGGGAGGAGGUGGAGGUAGCGGGGCCGCGAGGACGAGGGAAGGGAAAGGAGGAUGGGGGUUGCUACGAGGAGGAGGAACGGGGAGCUGGGGUCGGCGAUGGUGCGAGGAAAGGGAGAUGGUGGCUGCGAGGCGACGGCGGCAGUGUGAAGAUUUGAGGACAAAGAAGAAAGAAAAUAUUUAUAUAUAUAAUUUUUAUAUACAAAUAUCCAAUAUUAAUAUAUUAAACAUUAUUUCAUGUAAAAUAUAUAUUAAUAUAUUUAAAUUAAAUAUAUAUAAAUAAAAUAAUAUUUUAUUAAUUAAAAAAAAUAAUUCAAAUGCACACAGAGUCGCUGGACUGUGGGGAUAUUUUAAUAACAUACUAGAAUAGAUUACUGUUUUGUUUUUCAUAAGAAUUAAAUUACUUAUUUCUCGUAUAAAUUGCAUUUUUGCCAAAAAGAAUUGCAAAUGAAUUCUGGGAUUUCCGACAGUCAACCCCUCCUCCAUCUACAACUACAACAAAAUACACAACUCCGAAUAUAUCAUCUGAUCGAACAACCAUGAUUCUUUCAAUUUCGCCCUAGGACUUCCAUUAUUCGGCUUUCUACUGCAUUUUGCUCUGAAAUUAGCAGCUGGUGAAGGAAGAAAAGUUCUAGUAUCAAGAGAAUGGCAUCGUUGGCCGCCCAUUUCACGGCCUCGCUCUUCCUCUGUCCCCUGGGCGUCCGCCGCCUUUUCUGUUCUGUUUCUCUCUAUCUUAGGAACCCAUCUCUAUACAGAUCAAGAAUUUGGUAUUUAUCAGAACACAAGUGGAAAAACUUCGAUCUCUAUACUCUUCUUCUAGUUCUUCCCAUUGCUUCAUUAUCCCACGUCUUCAUCUUUCUUGCGUUCUCGGACAGCCCCACUUACAGAUUCUCAUUCUUGCAGCAGUCUCUUGUUAUUUUCCUCUUCUGGGCAAUCUUGAUUUUGAUUAUUUUGAAAGAAAGUUUGGAUCUUUGCUUAAUCCCUGAUGGUUUUAUCUUCAUAUUUGCUGGCAUUGCGUUUGCAAUUGAGUCUUACAUGAGUGGGAGGGGAGUUGUCGGUCUUGGUGGUGCGGUUUAUGGAUUUUUGGGUGGUUUGGCUGCUUUCUGCGCGGCCUGUUGCUUGUAUUUGUCGGUUAGACCAUCGGCUUUUUUUGCAGAGUUUUUGUUGUCCUCUGGGCUUCUUUUGAAGGGUACGUGGGUCCUGCAAGUUGGCCUAUCUUUAUACACUGAUGCAUUUGGUUUAAAAGGUUGUGAUAAGAUAUCUGGGCAAACCUUAGCUAAAGGGGAAAUUGAUGUCAAGUGUGAGCUUCAGGAUGACAAGUGGAGAGGCAUGGUAUUGAUGAACUUGGUGUUUAUCGUGCAUGUUAUCUUGGUUAUGACAACCAGCUUUGUGCUGUUUGCCUUGUUGCAUCAGAAUAGGAACAUGAGAUGGGGUCAGGGAGGUGGACUCUUGCCAGCUGAGAUAGGAUCUGAAAGCAUGUUGAUGCAUCCACUACCGGAACUUGAGAUGGAAUGAGAGGUUUUGCUCAAAGAUUGUGGACGGCAGAAGAGACAACAACCAUCAUUACUAAUGCACACUAGCCAAAUUCGCAAUUCUUACAUAAUUGGCUGCUUCUAGCUGUUUCACAACACAUCUUUACAGCAACCUCUAGUGUGUUUCAAAAUAUCAUUCUUGCAGAAUAUUAGUGUUAGGGGAGUUGAUACUAAUUUUUUAUCAUUCAAGUGGUUGAGGGAGUUGGGACCUUGAUGUUGACGAUGUCCUGGAUCAGCUGUGCUGUUCUAAUAUUGCCUGGCCUAAGCUUUUGAUGUUGCUAGUGUAUGGUUUCCAGUUUAGUUCUUGUAUUGUUUGUUGCUAGCAAGUUUAAAACUCUAUCGUAAAACUUAUGUUCACCAUUGAGCUAAGACGAAGUUGCAUCACAAAUUACAUUUAAGUGUUUACAUUAUUUUAUUUCAUGCUCCAAUCGUGAGGAAAAUGUGAAAGCUUUAUGCUCCAAUCAUUAAAUCAUUCUGAAUGUACUACUAGGAUGAGUAGUAUGAUUAAUCUGUGAGCUUCGUUAUGAUGUUCUACAAUAGAAAUCUCUGGUUGGUUUGUAAAUUUCCUCUUUCGUGCAACUUGUUCUUGUGCUUCUUUCCUCAUCGAUAUAGAAAUGGCUUUAUACCAUAUUGUAGUGCAUUGGUGGAAACUUCCCGUGCUGAUGAAACCUGUUUGAAAAUAAAGGUGAGAAAGAAGGAAGUAGGCGUAUUCAAAUUGUAUGGCAUGUCUUGUGGACAAAUCGAAAUCAUAAAUACAGCCAUUUUGAAAUACAGAUAUUGAAUUACUUUUUGACUGCAGAACUGAAGAUUUACCUUCUAAAUCUAAUCUUUUCUGUAAUGUUUCACUUAGAACAGUCAAAUAGCAUAUUAUGAUAACAUGAUGUUUACCAUAGGUAUGAAAGUAAUAAGAGGCAAGAUAUGUUCCCAUACUCAUCAUCAAGAAACAACUCUUCUGAUCCAAUUUUGUAUAACUUGUUGCUCCAGAAAAUUUGAUGCAUUGUCAGCUAUCAUCCCCCAAAUGGCUUAAGCUAUGAACUUUGAUGCUUGCGC